GUUGCAGCGAGAUGGCACCCUGGGACCCGCAAUCCAUUCAAAGAAGUUCAACCAACGUGCCGAUGCUUGGCAGUUGUCACCUCACGUUGACCUCGAACGUCAACAACUGCUGGAAGGACCAGCGACGGGAAGGAGGGAGAGAGAGACUGCACGGGAAGUACUCCACAGAGGACGAAACUCUGUGUGCAGGAUUCUGACAAAGGCACAACAACAUAACAUGAUCGAUAAAAGUGUCCGAUUCGAGCAUGAGGAUUUUAAGGAUUUAAGGAUUUAGGAUUCCCGUCAUCUCACCAACAAAAUGGAGAAGGAGAAAGAAAAGGAAAGGAAAAAAGAAACGCGGCGAGCUGUGCCGAAAUUCGGAUCCUUCAAGCCGAAUCUCACUCCCGAGUCCGCGCUCGAGGCACCACUUGCGUCAAAAGAGACCCGGGCCCACAAAGACGGCCUCGGUGGAGCCGAAAGGGACAGUGACCGCCGCCGUCAUGAACGAGAUCGAGAUGGUGACCGCCACGGGGAACGACGCCAUUCCAGUCAUGCGAGGGAACGGCAACGGGAUGGGCAUGGCGAUCGGGAUCGGGACAGGGCUCGAGAUCGGGAUCGGGACAGAAAAAGGGAGAGGGAAAGGGAAAGGGACAAACACCAUGAACGUGAGAGGGAAAAAAGGAGAAGAAAGGAGAGCGAAAGGGAAGACCACCGUGACCGCCAUGGGCAGCAACCUCCGCGGCCAGGCAGCCCCAGGGCUAUGUCGAGUCGAAAUAAGAACCAACGGGAAGACCCUUCCUCCAUGAGCAACGACCUCUUCGUCGUCGACAAGCGCGGCGACCCGCUCAUCGUGCAGUACGGAAGCAAUGACCGCUCCCAGGUCCCAGUCUACUACCGCUUCGGCGCGGGCAGGCUGGUGGGCUCGCCCGGUUUCCUCACUAUCCACCGCGACGGCGCCCAAGAGCAGUUCAGUAUCAGAGGCCCCGGCGAAGGCAGCCGCAGCGGCUCUGCCUUCCGCGACAAGGCCCUCGUAACAGCAGCCUUUCGCUCUCGUUCCAAGCACAUCAAAUCCUCAGAAGAACAGCCCCUCCCAACAACAUCCGAAGACUUCAUCUCCCUCGCCCCGUCCCGCAAACGAAAACGCACCGAGGACGAGGACGAGGACGACCCAACCGACCAGCCGCCACCCGACUACCGCUCCAUCCACGGCAAAGCACGCCCAAACACUCGCUCCGAUUCCGACUCCGAUUCCGGCUCCGAAUCCGAGUCCAACCCCCGCUCCCCCUCCGACUCACCCUCCACCAACCCCUCCCAACCCACCCCGCUCACCCGCGCCAGCCACCUCUCCCGCCACGUCAAAACCACCCCCUCCGACAUCCCCGCCUGGCUCGAGCUCAUCGACCUCCAAGACGCACUCUUCACCCUCCAAACCCAACACGCCACCAGCAACCCCACCCAAUACACCACCCGCACCGCCGACGAAACCCGCGCCCUCGCCGAGCUCAAACUCUCCCUCUACCAAGAAGCCCUCCCCCACGCCACCGCGGCGCACCCGCCAGCCGACCGCGAGCGUCUGCUGCUGGGCAUGAUGCGCGAGGCGGGGCGGGUGUGGGGGGAGGAGGCGCUGGAGCGGAAGUGGGCUGAGCUUGUCGCUGUUGAGGAUGGUGCUGCUGCUGCUGCUGCUGAGGGGGGUGGUGGGGGUGGUGGGGGUGGUGGUGGCAUUAGGUUUGGGUUGUGGAGGGGGAAGUUGGAUUUUGAGAUGGGGAGGGUGGUGGGGUUUGGGUUUGAGGGGGUCAGGGGGGAGAUUGUGCGGAUGUUGAGGGUUUUGGGGGGGGAGGUGGCGCGGGUUGGUGGUGGUGGUUCUGGGGAAGGGGAGGAGGAGGAGGUGUGUGGGCGGGUGGUGUAUGUGUUUUUGAGGCUGACAAGGUUCUUGCAUGAUGCUGGGUUUGUGGAGUUGGCGGUGGCGGCGUGGCAGGCCAUGGUGGAGAUGGUGUUUUGUCGGCCGCCGGGCGACUUCACUGCCGAAGUGGCGCUGGCGUCGUUUGCGGCGUUCUGGGAGAGCGAGGUUGCGCGGAUGGGGGAGGAGGGUGCCAGGGGCUGGAAGCACUUUGUUGAGGCGGGAGAGGACAUGGUUGAUCCGCCUGAGCCGAGGGUGGACACAGCGAGCGAGGUACCCCGGAAGGUAGACCCGUUGGAGGCUUGGGCUGCCGCGGAACAGCGGGAGGCGGAAAAGGCACGCAUGCCUGCGAGAACGCUUGACGAGGGGACGGACGAUGACCCGUUUAGGGUUAUCAUGUUCUCGGAUAUCAAGGAUCUGCUUGUCUGGAUUCCGUCGGCGUUGCUUCCGCGAGUAAGGCCGCUGCUCGCGGAUGCGUUUCUCGUUUUCUGCGGGUUGCCAACGGCGCAGUUGUCCGAGGGGGGAUUUGCGACCAUGUUGGACGACCCUUUUGUCUCAAGCAGGGCCCAGGGCCUCGAUCUCGGCUUGAUUAGAAAUGACACUGGGGCAACGCAAGACCUUUCGAGGCGAAUCCCCGAGUUCAGACAGGAGGGUGGCAGCAUGGCGAUAUCACCCAACGCCCUCUUCGCGGGAGAUUCGUGGUUCCGAUACCUCAACAAAUGGUCAGAUACGCACCAGCCAGGGGAUAGACAGGUGGAUAUCUCAUGGGGCCUCCGCACACUCGAGUACUUGGUUAAAGACUACGGAAUGGAGCCGCUCGCGGAGUAUUACCUAGCGAUGGAGUGGCUGAAUGGGCCCACGAAAGCGAGGAAAGUCGCAAAGGGGCUCCUGAAACAGUACAGCUCCAACAUCAGGCUGUACAAUGCCUAUGCUCUUGUUGAGUGCGCGAACGGCAACGCUGAGGUUUCUAACAAGGUCCUAUCGUCGGCCACGGGACUACCAUCCGCAUCAGACAACCAGCUGCUAUGGAAUACCUGGGCGUGGAUUCACCUCCAGUCUAACCAAAAUGACUUGGCUCUUGCCCGUCUCGUUUCGUCGGUGGAAAACGAGUUCCAGGGCUCAACUCCGCCUCCAGUUUUGCUCCUCAAGACCAAAAGCCAUUUUUCCAGUACCCGAGACUACUCACUCUCCUCCCAGCAGCUGGAAACAGCGACCCAAUACGCCGAGAGCCUGAUGCUCCUCGAAUACCUAACCUCCGAAGGCGGUAGUGAACCAGCAUCCGAAGCUCAAGGCAGCAUCACGGCCGCUCUCUCGACCACCCAAGCCUUCUCCCAUGAGCUCGAAUCCCGCCAGCUACACCACUCCCCACACCAUGAACGCCUCCUCCAAACCGCCGCCCGCCUCCUCUACCACCACGCCACGCACGGCCCUCACCGCCCGCGCCACCUGCGCGCCCACCUCGAGACCUUCACGCACCUCUUCCCGCACAACACCCUCUUCCUGACCCUCACCGCUUGGCUCCAGCCCCCGCUCCGCAUCGACGACCCCGUCCAGCACACCCUGCAAAUCCUCUCCCUCACCCCGCCGCACGACCGCCUCGGCACGCGGCGCUUCGCCCUGCACCACGCGGGGCGCGCCCCGGGCAACGCCCACGCCGUGCGCGCCGCGUUCGAGGCCGCGCUGGCGGCGCCGGCGGCUGCUGCCGGGGCCGGGAGUUCCGAGCUGUGGCUGCGGUAUUUGCGGUUUUGCUGUGCGCGGAAGGAGUUGAGGGGGAGUGUGAGGGGGGUGUUUUACCGGGCGAUUGGGGCGUGUCCGUGGGCGAAGGAGGUUUAUAUGCAGGCGUUUGGGGGCGUGGUGAGGGAGGAGCUGGGGGCGGUGGAGGUUAGGGCGGUGGGGGAGGCGAUGGUGGAGAAGGGGUUGAGGGUGCAUGUGGAUUUGGGGGGGGUUUUGGAGGGGAGGGGGUGA